AUGGAUACCGCUACAAACUUUCACCGAGCACAUGAGAAAUCAUCCCAAGAGAAUCGUGGACUGAUUAUACAACACCGUCUUGAUAUGGAGCUUCUUGUCAACGACCACAAGGCAGUUUGCGACAGCCAUUCCCAAAACGAGGCUGUAUUACGGGAAGAGCUAGCGACGCUCCAAAAAAAGCUCAGCUUUAUGGAAGGCAGCUGCUCAUAUGACUUGCGCCAGUGGAAGGCUUCAGCUAAUGCAAUGAAGGAAGAAAUUAUGGGUGUUCGUGCGGAUCUUAUUAUGGCUCAAGAUGCGUCAUUAAGGAGAGACAAGAAGUAUAUUGCUCUGCUGCCAGGUUAUCCUCCAAAAAAGCAAGCCGGUGGUAGCGGGACAUCAGAGGCACUCGAUGCACCUACAGAAGUACAGGCAAAGGCAAUGGGGAUGCGUCUCGACAAAGGAAAAAGGAUCGCAGAGGAUAUUGCUGAAAAACGAUCCCGUGAAGCAGCCAAGGAUCUUGCAGAGCUUCCAGGUUCAGAAUUCUCGAAACUGCAGGCCACGUUCAGGAAGGGGAUGGCCGAAGCGGAGAUGGACCAAGGCACAAAGACAAAGCCAACUUCAAAGUCUGUGCAGUCGGACCACCCUACCCAAUCCUUAAAGCCAACGCCAACUUCAAAGGCCGUGCACUCCGACCAGUCUACUCAACCCUCGAUGCCAAAGUCAACUCCAGUGGUUGUACACUCCGACAAGCCUACUCAGCCCCAGCAGCAGCCAAAGUCAGCUUCAGCGCCUAUACCCUCCGAUGGGCAGCCUCCAAAGGUCCCAACAACCUCAAAGAUCCCAACCCCAGCCAAGAAGCAACCUGAAGAUCAGGCGAAAGAGACCCCUCUUGUUGAGGCGGCACCUGCAAACUCAGAAAGAUUCACAAUACCCCGUGACGCGUCCUACUGGAUGAAAUCCCACUACGCACCCGUUACAUUAAGCGGUGGAGUCCCCUUGACGAGUGCGGAGGUUGAGAGGGGUUGUUCAAUUCCGCUACCCGUCGCCAAAGAGCAAAAGCCUACGGCGCAAGGCAACAACCAAGCGUGAUCUGUGAUCCACUCGGUUGUGGCCAACCAGAAGGCGGCUCGUGUGUUGAUAUCUGCCUUUUGGAGGCGUUCCCUGAAGGAGGAGUGGUAGAAUUCCGUAGCAGGCUAGGAACGUUUUGGAAAGGACGGGCUGGAGAUGCCUAUUAUACUUUAUCACCACUAAUUUUGAUUUUUUUUGAUUAUAUAGAUGGGUAUUAGUAGAGGUAAGUUAAUAAAUAG